CAGAUCCACAUGUCCUGUGUACGUUCAGCAAGGCAGAGGGGCACACUAACAAGCUGAUUCAGGAUGCUGCGCCUCCUUUCACACUUUUGGACUUGUUUGCUCUUCUGCAUGGGCCAACUUUUGCACCAUGGAGACGCCGGUGUCCUGACCGAGGUCCAGGCCGGUCCACUGUAUCGCAUGGCAGGCUCCCGUCUCUCCAUCUCCUGCAACGUGAGCGGCUUCACGAGUGUCAACUCCCAAAAGGAGUUUGAAUUCCGUGUGACCAAGCCUGCCAAGUCCAAUGUCCUGAACAUCAUCAGUACCAGCGACCCAGACUUUGGCUACAGCAUGUACCGUGUGAGAGGUAACGACAUCACCUUGACGCAUGUGUCGCCCAACUCUGUACUCUUUGAGAUACAAAGUCUUCGGAAAGACGACGAAGGGGAGUACGAAUGCGCUGUGAUCAACCCGGAUAUUGUUUACCAUGGAACCUACAGCGCAAAAACUGCUGUUAAAGUGAUUGACAACUCUUUAAGUGUUUCAUCACCUGCCUCCACCUCGCUGAGUUUUAACGAGGGUGAAGCUUUCGCUGUAACAUGCCAAGCCUCCAGCAACACCAUCCAGCAUACCCAUCUGUCCGUAGCCUGGCAUCUCCACAAGGAGGGCGAGGACGACGCACAGCUCAUCAUGUCCCUGGAUAGAGACUUCACGUUAAGGUCCGGCCAGGAGUUUCUAGAGCGCUACCAAGCCAGACUCAUCAGGUUGGAUAAACUCGAAGAGGCCACUUACAGGCUGACGAUGGAUCAGCUGGAGGUGUCGGACCGAGGCCGCAUCUACUGCCAGGCCCAAGAGUGGAUCCAGGAUCCUGACCUCUCCUGGUACUCACUCACACAGAAGACUACAAGGGAGAUGUCACUGGAUGUCAAAGGAAAAGAGUUGGUGCCAGACGGGACCUCUCUGGUGGUGACAUUGUCGGCGCAGCAGACAUCUCUGCAAGAGGGGCAGGAGCUGCUCCUAACCUGCAGUGUUGACACGCAGAAGCUAGAGGAAAAGUUUUUCUCUGUAGCUUGGCUCCAGGCAGGUGUUGAGCUGGCCCGAAUCGGUCCCAUGGGGGUUCUGUCUGUGAAAUCUGAGUACAGUCGGCGAGAGAAACAAGGAGAGCUCAGGGCCAGCAGGAUCGGGGACAGAGAAUACCGUCUCGUAUUGCAGCCUGUCAGCACUGACGACCAGGGAGGGUACAUGUGCAGAGUGUGGCCCCAAGAAAGAGGGCAGCAUGGAGCCUUUGUGCAAGGAGCUGCCCAAGACUCGAGCACUCUGCAAGUUAGCAUAGCUGCUACAGCCAGUGGACUCUCGGUGGAAAUGCAAAACAGCGUGCAUGUCAACGAAGGCGACAGGAUGACGCUGACCUUCAAAGUGCACGGGGUCAAAAGUCAGCUCUCCGUCGCCUGGCAGCGCAAAGUAACGUCGACGGCCGCGUUCACCAACGUCGCCAGUCUAAGUCAGGAGGGUGUCGUGGAGACGGCCGCUGAGUUCACAAAUCAAGUAAGACUGACGCGCCCUGCAGCAGACGUCUUUAUUCUGGAGCUUGAUGAGGUGACGCUUGCUGAUUCGGGCGUGUACCAGUGUGUGGUGUCCGAAUGGAACAGCCGCAGCAAGACUAACAGCCACUCACAGACGACCGUGCUGACGGUGGCUCCGACGGGUUCUUUUGUGGCCGUUCGACUGAUCAGUCGCAGCAGCGUCGUGACGAUUGGAGACAAUGUAGAGUUGAUGUGUCGUGUCAAAGGGCCACGUAUCCCCAUAGCGCUCACCUGGAUCCUACAGCGCGGCGCCUCAACCAUAGACAACAUCCUGACGCUGUACUCUGACGGUGCGGUCAGCUGGUCUGGGGAGCAGCACCGCUACCAGCUGAGGAUUGAGAACACACCCCGUGAGAGGAUUUACUUCCUGCUCAUCAACGGUGCCACCCACAGGGAGGCAGGAAGUUACCAGUGUCAGGUGUCCGUUUUCCAGAAGAAUGUGUACAAGAAGUUGCCGCUAUCCAAUCCGACAGCGAUCAUGGUGCAGAACCCAGAGAGUGACCUCACCCUGACCUCGACCGCUGCCCUGACAAGACACAUCAGCAGUGAUAUAAGCAUAAAAUGCUCUGUUAAUUCGUCUCGCUCUGGAUCUUCGCGCCAUGCCGUCACAUGGAUUCUACAGACACAGGUCCAAAAUAUCACCAUUGCAAGCUCCGAUCGGGACUCCUCAGUAACCUUUGGCCCCAAGGUGGAGGCGGUCCACAGUCAGCGGAUCAGCAUCCAACAAACUAAGGGUCCUAGUUUUGAGUUGACUAUUCGGAAUGCUCUGACCUCAGACCAAGGUACUUACGUCUGCGAGGUAGUGGAGUGGCUGCAAGAUCCUAGUGGCGCAUGGUACCACCUCACCCCAGUCUCCGGAACCACACGGCUGACACUCAUUGAGCCUGCCAAUGAUCUCCUGCUGGAUACCACGGAGAAGUGGGUCACUGCAAGGGAAGGAGACGAGGUGCAGCUCAAGUGUGACCUGAUUUCAAAUGCAUCCAGUCCUUCCCUUUUCCACACAAUCACUUGGUUCUACUCCAGGCGUGGUCCUCCAGCCGUGAAUUCCCUGCUUUUGCAGCUGGAUCACACGGGCCUGUUGCGGUAUCCUAGGAACCAGCGGCUACACGGCCUGCAGGGGAGGCUCCGGCUCUCCAGACCCAAUUCGAACAGCAUUGGCCUGGCGAUUCAAAGGGUCAGCGAGGAAGAUAGUGGGACCUACCGGUGUCGAGUGGAACAGUACCAGCUUGGAUAUGAAGGUCACUGGCAGCAGAAGGCUUCUGUCGACGGUGGUCCCAUUAUGUUGUCUGUAAAUGUUACAGGGGGGAAGGAGGCUCUCUCAGGGUACAGCUCAGGCAUGGUGAUCGGAGUUCUUGUGGCGAUUGUGGUCUGCUCAUUGCUGGUCAUACUUAUGUUGGUGCUAAAGCUGGAGCAAGCCAAGACAUCAGAAAAGAAGUCAGGUCAGACUCUGUGGGCGGAGCAACAUCAACUGAAGACGAAAUUCAAUACAGAGGACUAAGCUGUUGAUUUUGGUUUGUUGCCUUCAUACAACAUGGACUGCAAAAUGAGGUGGCUGAACAGCAGCUCUGUUCCACUGCGGUCCUUUAGGUGGGGGUAUUGAACAGUACAAAGUGGCAGCUCCAUAUGUUGGAUCAGGUUGGCCGCUACCUGCCUGAUGCCAGCAAACUGGAAUGGCCACAAGUGGAAAUAAAUUCAUUCAUCCGCACCAAAAUGUAUAACCCGAUACACAAAUCAGUUGUUUUGAUGCCAUCCUGCUAACUUAAGUCUAUCAAAGCAUAAUGGGUGCGGCCUUGGACAUGGUCUUACUGGUUUAUUGAGCAGCUGACAUCCUGUACAUUAUUUUUACAAUCAAGAUCACGUCAUUGCACAGCAAUGAAGCUCGAAAGGAGAAUCACAAACAAAUGACUUUUUUUUGGCAAAAGAUAGCUUUUGUGUUGUAUAAUGUGGUAUUACAAUAUUUCAGUAAAAUCUGCAAUUUCUUGCAGUGAAAUGUAGCAAUGGUUGGCAAAACAUAACGUGUUGUGGCAUUUUUCUGGUACAAUAUAGUGUGUUUGUGGCAAAAAAAAAAUCCUUUUUGUGCUGAAAUGUGAAAUUCUAUUCACAUUUUUGAGGUAAACUAAAUAUUUGGGGGCACUAUAUGUUAUUUUCGUGGGAUAAUAUGCAUGUUUUUCUGUCAAAAUAUAGCAUGUUUUGAUAUAAUUUGGCUUUUUGUGGUAAAACAUAAUGUUUGUGGCAAAAUAUGGCAUAUUUGUGGUACAAUAAAGCAUUUUAGUGUAAGACUAAGGCAUU